AUGUCGUCCUACCUUAUCAUCGGUGCUGGCAACUUCGGUGCGGCCACCGCCUUAACGUUGAUCAAAAGGGAACCAGCAAGUAAGGUCACCCUCGUUGAUUGCACUCAGUUUCCCAACCCUCGAGCUGCUUCGCACGAUGUCAACAAAAUUGUCCACGAUGACUACCCUGACAAGCUGUACAUGCAAAUGCUGAAGAGGGCAAUGCCCAUGUGGCGAAACCAUGAGCUAUACAAGACAUGGUACCACGAAGUAGGCAUGCUAAGAGCUGACCCCUCCAACUUUGGGGAGGAGAUCAUUGCUUCAUACAAGGAUAUGGGUAUUGAAAACAAUUCAAACUUUAUUAGCGUGAAGGAUGUUCGUGAGCGAUGGAACGGCUCAUUCGCCACGGCCAACUUCGCCGGCUUGGAAAAGAUUCUCUUUAACCCGAAAGUGGGAUUUGCGGAGGCCGAUAAAGCCCUUGAGGCUGUCAUUCAAGAAGCGGUGGACCAGGGCGUUGAGUACGUUCUCGGUGUCGUGACAAAGAUCAACAUUGGUGCCGCUGGUGAGUGUACGGGAGUCACACUACAGUCUGGGGAGACUCUGAAUGCAGACAAACUCUUGCUUGCUACGGGGGCGCGCACGGCAGCCCUGCUGGCACAGAGUGCGCCAGAGAACCAACAGUUUCACGCCGAAGACCGGUUGCUGGCUACUGGUGCAUUGAGCUUCUAUGCUAAGGUCCAAGGUGCCCAGAAGGAGAGGCUAUCAUCAAUUCCUGUGUUGAAGAAUUGCCUGCCUCAUGUCAAAGGCGAAACAAUAUCGAUUCUUGCUGAUGGCACCAUCAAAUUCAACUGUGAUAUGUACUUCACCAACUAUGUCGAGUGCCCCUUCACCGGUCAGCGUUUGUCGAUGGCUCCCGAUGAGAGCAUAUACAAUGUCUGGACUGGGCCUAAGUUCAUGACGUUCUUCCAGGAAUGCGCGAGAAAGACCCUAGAUGGGCUUUACGGCAAAGAGAUGGAGGAUGUCAUUAUUGACGCCUAUCGUAUUUGCUGGGACGCAUCUACUCCAACACACGACUUCCUGAUCACACCGCAUCCACAUUGCCGAGGUCUAUACGUGGCAACCGGCGGCUCGUUCCAUGGCUGGAAAUUCUUGCCAGUAAUUGGAGACUACAUUGCUGACAUGAUGCAAGGCAGCCUUGAGGCCGAGUUCGCUGAUCGUUGGGCUUGGGACCAGAUAAGCGGUGAUGGCCACUCAGUCAAUCCGACGUACGAUAUUGUGGGAGACCUGCAGGGCUGGCUCGCGUGA